GCGGGGGCGAGCGGCGCCCCCCCCGCUGAGGGACCCGGCGGCCGCCGCGGAGAGCUCCUCUUCAUGCCUUCCAGGUGCUGGAUGGAAGCAAGGCAAAACACACUUGCAGAGCUGAACCUCUUCUGUUGCUAAAGGUGCAGAACGACCUGGCUCAUGCAAGACUAAAUUUUGAAGCAGGUGGUAAUACCCAGACUCUGCUUAAACUGCUUUCUUCCACUGAAUUCAGACACACAAGCAAGGUUCCCUCUGAUAUUUAGAGGGGAGGUGUCAGCCUGUGAUGAAGACAAGCAGAGAAACUUUUGGAUAGAUAAGAAAAUAAACACACAAGAGCAUGUGCUUUUUCUCCUAAAGUAAUAGAUUGUUAAAGUCACCUCUGUGUUCUGCCAGAGAUGGUCAGCAGUCAGCCUGUCCCCAUAGCAGACAGUGGGAAAAGGAGAAAGAAAAAAAGAACCAGAGCCACAGAUCACGUCCCUGGGAAGUUUGAAGACUUGUACAAGCUGACUGCUGAGCUGCUUGGUGAGGGAGCAUAUGCUAAAGUUCAGGGUGCUGUCAGCCUCCAAACUGGGAAGGAAUAUGCAGUGAAAAUCAUUGAAAAAAAUGCUGGGCAUAGUCGGAGUCGGGUUUUUCGUGAAAUAGAAACGCUGUACCAGUGUCAGGGUAACAAGAACAUUUUGGAGUUAAUAGAAUUUUUUGAAGAUGACACAAGAUACUACCUUGUCUUUGAGAAGCUGCGAGGAGGUUCAAUCCUGGCCCAUAUACAGAAGAGGAAGCACUUCAACGAGCGAGAAGCCAGCAAAGUGGUGAGAGACAUUGCCUCUGCUCUGGAUUUUCUUCAUACAAAAGGUAUUGCUCACAGGGACCUGAAGCCUGAAAACAUCCUGUGUGAAUCUCCAGAAAAGAUAUCACCAGUAAAAAUAUGUGACUUUGAUCUUGGUAGUGGGGUGAAGCUGAACAGUGCAUGUACUCCAAUAACUACUCCCGAAUUGACAACGCCGUGUGGGUCUGCAGAGUACAUGGCACCUGAAGUGGUGGAAGUGUUCAUGGAGGAGGCCACGUUCUAUGAUAAGCGGUGUGAUCUGUGGAGCCUGGGAGUGAUCCUGUACAUCAUGCUCAGUGGUUACCCCCCUUUUGUGGGCAACUGCGGCACAGACUGUGGCUGGGACAGAGGAGAAGUCUGCAGAGUUUGCCAGAACAAGCUUUUUGAGAGCAUCCAGGAAGGCAAGUAUGAAUUUCCUGACAAGGACUGGUCGCAUAUAUCCUCUGAGGCCAAAGAUCUCAUCUCAAAGCUGCUGGUUUGUGACGCCAAAGAACGACUUAGUGCUGCUCAAGUUUUGCAACAUUCAUGGGUUCAAGGACAGGCUCCUGAAAGGGGAUUACCUACCCCUCAAGUUCUUCAAAGGAACAGCAGCACAAAAGACCUGACCCUCUUUGCUGCAGAGGCCAUAGCCCUGAACCGCCAGCUGUCUCAGCACGAGAGCGAGCUCAGCGCGGAGCAGGACGGCGUUGCCCACGCCGUGUGCUCCAUGAAACUCUCCCCUCCCUCCAAGUCCCGCCUCGCCAAGCGCAGGGCGAUGGCACACGCCACCAAAACCAGUGACUUCCAGCCAGUUCCUCAUAAAGCCUUCUAAACUCCUCUCCUGCUGCAGAUGGCAAGAUCAGUCUGUGUUCUUAUUUGGAUUUUCAGCACCGGUAAAAGCUUCUCCGCUCCCGACACUUUGAUUAGAAGCUCGCUCUUGUGAUGUGACUUGUAACUUUAAGGGGACAGCUUUUUAUGGGAAUGUUUUUUGCCUGUCAGAUUUAGUGCAUUAAGAUAAUUUAACUGAUCUUUUUAAACUGCAGAAGAUGGGUUUGCUGCUGUAUUAUCUGAGGUGAUAAAUCACUAAGUUUUCCUCAUUUUCUUCUUAGAAGAGCACACUUUAAAAUGCAAACUUGAAAACAUCAGGAAAUAAAAUGCUUUGCCCAGCAGAGCAUCAACCCUCUCCCUGCCAAUGGCUGCUCUCCUUGAUGGCACAUCCUGAAGGUGCUGCUGUUCCUGUCAGCAGCAGGGACUGUUUUCAACCAACAGUGCCCCUCUCUCUUUCUGUAGACUCAGGAAACGAAGGUGGUGACCGGGUGGAUCUCUGUCUGCAUUACCUUCACUGGGCUUAAAUUGAAUGAGGAUGAUACUGUAAAGAUGCAAGGAUUGCUCAGGCUUCUAGAGAUGAAGAAGGCCGGGUAGUUUUUUAUGUUGUUGAUAGAUUGUCUGUCAGCAUGUGGAGUGAAAACUGGGAGGGGUGGGGUUUUUAUCUGACAUCUCUUUGCUCUUAACUAAAAUGUGCUCCAUAUAAUCUCUUUUUUCAUUUUCUGGGGUUUGAUGUUCGUUAUGUCCCCGUCAAACAGUUACAUUCUUAAUUCUGAUAACCACGGUAUAACAGACUGUUUAUGUAACAGUUUACAUUUACUAUUAGGUGGGUUUUUUAAUAUUCAUUUGGGGUUUUAUUAUAUUAAGGCUAUCCUAAGUUAUACUUUCCUUUCUGUAAACUUGUAUUUCUCAGUGACCUUUUAUGUGUCCUGCCUGGGCUUCCUAACGUGAAUGGACAGAACUCAGUGAAUUUUGGUGUGUGAAUAAUUUAGAAAUGCCAAAUGCAGUGGUACAUCUGUACAAAAACGUUGCUGCAGCCGUUGCGUUCUGCCUCCUGCAGUGCUCUCAGGCUGGGUGUCUGGAUUUGUGCUCCCAGUUUUAGGACUGUGGUGCACUGGAAGUCAGGAACAAUUUGGAAGGGUUCUGGCUGAAAAGCUGAAGAUAUUGAGUGACCAAGGGGAGGCGUCCAUGGAGAAGGACGUGGAUGUUGAGCACUUUCUAAAACAUAAGCUGUGAAAAUUGGGCCACUAAGAUGCCCGACAUGAUGCACCUUAACUUGCCAGCCCUUUCUGAAACCCUUUGCCAGGGCUUUGUGUGCAGAGAGGUGAGGAGGAGGCUCCCAGGUGCCGGCACAAACCCCCCCCACAAGCAGAAUGAGAAGGAAUAAAGUAGCAGAUGCAACAAGCACUUGGAAAUUGAAAGGUCAAAGCUGAAUGUCUUUGCAUGGCCUAUUCAGAGUGGUUUUACAUUAUCUUUUAUCAGUGUGCAUAUGGCUAUUUUUAUACAACAGGCUGUAUUUUGUGACUAAUAUUAACGUUGUUAUUUAAAAGUUUUUAUACGUUGUGCCAGUCGAAAAAUUAUGAAAUGUAUUUUGCUUUUUUUAUUAAAAUGCUCUAAGUUAUGUGUUUAACACA